AUGGUAACUCGGAUGUGCACGAAUUUGAAAACGUCACAAGAAAAAUCUUCUCUCUCUCUCUCUCUCUCUCUCUCUCUCUCUCUCUCUCUCUCUCUCUCUCUCUCUCUCUCUCUCUAUCCAAUCAGAACGAGGGUAAGAAUCAACCUCGUUUCUGAUUGGUCGCAGCGUCGUCGCAGCGAAGACCCGCGAGGAGAGAGGAAGCGACCGAAGACAUUGACGCAAUCCGGCCAGAGCGUGAUCAGCUGGGCGAACACCUGCAUCUCUUCGCAUCAAACUUUCGCUAAAAUCAUGGACUUCUACAAAAAUCUGACCGUUUCAGACUGGGCCUCCCUUAUUCCCUUUGGCAUUGCAUGUGCUGCGGUUGGGUUUGGUGUGAAGACGGUCGUGGACAAACAGAUUGGUGGACCUUGCAAUCCCAAGAUCAGGAAAGGAGAGUCCAAGGUUGUUGAUACUGUGGACAUUGAAGAGCUGGGCAAUAAGGCUGUCUUCUGCCGUUGUUGGCGCAGUAGCAAGUUCCCAUAUUGUGACGGCACCCACAAUCAACAUAAUGUCGCAUGUGGUGACAAUGUAGGACCCCUCAUCGUUAAGAAGAAGGAUUAAACGAGCAAAUAGAAGUCUAUAGUGAGCACACUAGAACCAUCUCUCUGGCACAGUGAGCUAUAAAGACAUUGUAGCCUGUAGUGAAUAUAACCAAUUACAAUACACUAUACUAUAAUACCUACCUAUGUGUUGGACAAGAUGUGGUGAAAUGUAUGUAGUCUAUUGUCAUGGUAAAUAUUUGAAAACUUGCACAUGUUUUAUUCUAAUUUAAUUUUUAGAAAAAUAUUAUUUUACAUUUUAACACCUCCAAGAUACUAGGAAUUGAGUUUGAUUUGUGUGCCAGGUUAUAUUGAGUACAAAAAUUUGCUUGUCUUGAUUUUUUUAUUGUGAAGUCUUUUGAUAAUUUGUUUUUGUACAUUGCUUUCCAAACCAAAACAAAUAAACAAAAAAAGAACAUGAUGCACUUUGAAUAAAUUAAACUUGUGAUUGAAACUGUUUUGUUGAAUAAUAAGCAAGGAAUGUAUUAAACAAGGCUGUGAUGACGAGAUAUAAUAUGUAAAUGUUUACUGGUUCUUUGUAAAUACAAGAUCAGAUUUGUCAGAGAUAUACCUCAGUUUUGGUUUGAUCAAUGAUUAAUUUAAUGAUAUAAAUAACUAAAGCUAGUGUUGCAAAUGCCAAAAAGUGAAAAUUGAAUGGAUAAACAUGCAUGAUUUUCUAAAAAAAACAACUGAAUCUGCACAUUUUGCACAUAUUGGCCAUUUGAAGAAGGUAGCUAUUUCUGAUUUUUCUGUUGAAGCAUGCAGGAAAGAAAAGAAAAUAUAAAAGUUAUUUUGUCAAUAAAUAUAAAUGACAAAUUAA